UAUGGCCCCUACUCAGCCGCGCGCUUGGUGGGGCUUAGGUAUGGCCUAUCUUAUGGCUCGACGAUUCCGCCGUCGACUAAGUCAAUCUCAAUACCCACACGACGCAGGAGCCUCGUCGUACUUUGGUGCUUUUCGCAGUUAAUUAUUUGUAUAUCUGUUCGCUGUCUCUUUUUGCGCUUGAUUCAGCCCCUAGCAAUGUUUAUCCCUCCAGCCAGUGCAGACCAUAAUACUAGCUCAUGAUCGGUCGGCAUCUGUUUGGUGGGAUAGCUCAGGACUAAAGUAAUGCCUUACUAGUCUGAUGCUGAAGCUAGUAUUGCGUAGGGUCUAAAUCUGUUUGGUGUUUUAUUUUCAACGAGGUCUAUCUCUAGUAAGAACGUAGCGGUGUUUUAUUUUCAACGAAGUCUAUCCCCAGUAAGGUGGCUCCGCCAAUAUUAUAAGUCAUUGAGAUAAAAUGCUGGUGAGCCCGUCCGGCUUGAAGAAGCGUCGCGCGAACAACGACGCGCCGGAGCAGAUUGCUGCGCAGCAGCCUGCAAACCCGCUCCUCGCGGCGUUCGCACCUUUGAAGCCACGCCCGCAGCAACUGGAUGCUGCCACGAAGAUGGCGCGCGCAAUCGACGAAGGGUUCCACGUCGUGGCGCAGUUGCCAACGGGCAUGGGAAAGACCGCGAUCGGCCUCGCACUAAGCCGCAGCGUGCGCUGUGAUGUGUCUGGUCGCGCUGCGAUUGUGACGCGGACGCAUGAGCAGGGGCGCAAUAUUUUAGCUGAGGCCAAGAAGAUGGGCGUCCGCGCGAUGGUCCGCACAGGUCGGCGCGAACUGUGCCUCGUUCCGGAGGUUGCGGCAAACGAGGACCCCAACCUAGCGUGCAGCAACAAGACCGCCGGGUUUGGCGGGUGCAGCUUCCACAAGAACCUUGACUGGGC